UAAAGGGCCCAGGCUCAGGGAGCUCCACACCUGCACACCUCCCUCUCACCUGCUCCUCUACCUGCUCCACCCUCAACCCACUGGAACCAUGGGCUGCUGUGGCUGCUCUGGAGGCUGUGGCUCCGGCUGUGGGGGCUGUGGCUCUGGCUGUGGGGGCUGUGGCUCCGGCUGUGGGGGCUGUGGCUCCAGCUGUGGGGGCUGCAGCUCUGGCUGUGGGGGAUGUGGCUCUAGCUGCUGUGUGCCCAUCUGCUGCUGCAAGCCCGUGUGCUGCUGUGUGCCAGCGUGUUCCUCCUCCAGCUGUGGCUCCUGUGGGGGCUCCAAGGGGGGCUGUGGCUCCUGUGGGGGCUCCAAGGGGGGCUGUGGCUCCUGUGGGGGCUCCAAGGGAGGCUGUGGUUCUUGUGGCUGCUCCCAGUGCAGCUGCUAUAAGCCCUGCUGCUGCUCCUCAGGCUGUGGGUCAUCCUGCUGCCAGUCCAGCUGCUGCAAACCCUGCUGUUCCCAGUCCAGCUGUUGUAAGCCCUGCAGCUGCUCUUCAGGCUGUGGGUCAUCCUGCUGCCAGUCCAGCUGCUGCAAGCCCUGCUGUUCCCAGUUCAGCUGCUGUAAGCCCUUCUGCUGCUCUUCAGGCUGUGGGUCAUCCUGCUGCCAGUCCAGCUGCUGCAAACCCUGCUGUUCCCAGUCCAGCUGUUGUAAGCCCUGCAGCUGCUCUUCAGGCUGUGGGUCAUCCUGCUGCCAGUCCAGCUGCUGCAAGCCCUGCUGUUCCCAGUCCAGCUGCUGUGUCCCAAUUUGCUGCCAGUGCAAGAUCUGAGGCUCUGCCUACAAAUCUCAGCUGGUCCCACAGAUCUGGGCUCUCCAGGAAUGACUGGAGCUGUGUCCUGAAUUCCUGAAGCACAUCUCUG